UCACUUCCAAUUCCAUUCUUCAAUCUCACCAACAAUUCAAAUUCCCCAAAAUCCCUUCAACCAAAUUGCAGAAAUCCGAUGGGAAUCUCGACGAAUUUCGCGGCAUCGCCAUCGUCCUCGAUUUCUAGAGCUCACUACAACAUCCACAAACUGUUCCUCCUCUGCAACUACAUCCUCCUCGGCGCCGCCUCGAGCUGCAUCUUCCUCACGCUGUCGCUCCGCCUCGUCCCCUCCGUGUGCGGCUUCUUCCUCAUCUUCCUCCACGCCUUCACCAUCGCGGGCGCCAUCUCGGGCCUCGCCCUCGCCUCGGCCGGCACCGGACGCUGGUUCGGAGUCCACAUGGUGUUCGCCGUGCUCACCGCCAUCUUCCAAGGCUCGGUCGCGGUGCUCGUCUUCACCCGAACCGGGGAUUUCCUGGGAGAAUUGAGAUCGUACGUGAGGGAGGAGGAUGGGGCAGUGAUUUUGAAACUUGGGGGCGGAUUGAGCGCUGUGAUCUUCUGCUUGGAGUGGAUUGUUCUUGUUCUUGCGUUUUGGUUGAAGUAUUAUAUGCAAGUUGAAGAUGGCGGGAAGAGGAGCGCCAAAGUUCAGCAGUAUGAGGAAUCGAGCUGGGCGGCUGGGCCAUUCCCUGUGUAGAACAGAGCAUCAAAUUAUGGGUUUUUGAUUUGUUCUUCAUUCAAAUUUGAUUCAUACUGAUAUUGAUUUGUUGUAUGUGUGAGAGUUGUGUUUUUCUUGUUCUUUUUUUUGAUGGCUUCAAUUGGGAUUCUAUUGAAGGGGGAAGAAUUCAUAUUCAUAUUCAAUUCAUAUAAAUAUAAUACAGAUUGUUUUGUUUCA